AUGGUGAAGCAUUAUGUCUCUACACAUUCAUGCCUUUUGGGUGUUACAAAGAACAAAAGAGUUAUAGCACAAGUAGUGGUGAAGAAAUUUGGUGAUGUGAUAGCUUCCAUACGCGUCAUUAAGCCAAGGCAUUUAAAAGCACUAGUUAGGAAGGAGACUUGUGUGUUCGUCACUGACUGGGUCUGCAAAAAUGCCAAGAGAUUGGUUCUUAAGAAAGUUGAACAGCAAUUUAUUGAAGAUUUCAAGGUACUGAAUAGUUAUGCAUUAGAAUUAAAAGCAUCAAACCCUGGAAGCAAUGUCGUAAUUGUUUUUGAAAGGUUGAGUCCAGAUGCAUUACCAACCUUCCAAAAGAUGUAUAUCUAUCUUACAGCUGCUAGAGAAGGUUUUUUGGUUGGCUGUAGGAGGAUCAUAGGUCUCGAUGGGUGCUUUUUGAAAGGUCUAAUGAAAGGGCAAUUACUAGUGGCAGUAGGGAGGGACGGGAACAACCAGAUGUUCCCUAUAGCUUGGGAAAUUGUGGAGAAAGAAACCAUUGAAAGCUGGAGUUGGUUUCUUAAGUUGUUGCAGUUAGAUCUGUGUAUUGAAGAUGGUCUCGGAUGGUCACUUGGAUUAAUCCAUGCAGUUAAAGAACUUCUACCAUUAAUCGAGCACAGGAUGUGUGCAAGGCAUAUAUAUGCUAGAUGGGGGAAGCAACACCAAGGGAAAGAGUUUCAAAUCCAAUUUUGGAAUAUUACUAGGGCUACAACUGUACCUGAGUUUCCAAAGCAGCUACAACAGAUGAGGAAUUUGAAUGGAAGAGAGAAGGCAGUAGAGGAGUUAUUAGAGAAAUGGCCUGCCAAUGGUUGGUGUGGAGCUUUCUUCAAUGAUGUUGUCAAGUGCGAUGUUAUCGACAACAAUAUGCGCGAGACAUUCAAUGGAGUGAUGGUAGAAGCUAGGAGCAAACUAGUAAUAACAAUGCUUGAAGAAAUAAGAAGGUAUGUCAUGCAAAGGAUAGUUGUUAAGAAGAGCUAUACCAUGAAAUGGAAAGUUAAUUUUGGACCAAACAUAGUUAGGAAGUUUGAGAAAGAGAGGACCAAAAGCUCAAAAUGGCAGGUUGACUGGAAUGGGGCUGCAGAGCAUGAAGUUAUCUGGGAUGAUAUGUUGUUGUUGGAGAGGGAAAGUUAUUUUGUUAGGUUAGAGAAUAAGAGUUGUUCUUGUGGGAAAUGGGACAAGAGUGGGUACUCACAGUGGAGAAGUUAUUGUUGGAAGGAAAUGAUGCAUGACACAUCAUAUAUUACUGCUAGUGAACUAAUGGCUAGGAGGGAUGCAAGGCUUGCUGCACAAGCAAAACUAAGUAAAGAAAGUGCUCAUCAGACAUCUACAACAAUUGAUCGAAACUUAGAUCUCCCAACACAACAGAGUAUAACAACAGAGCAUAACAACUGA